AUGCGAAUCAUCGUUCGGCUGCUGCGGUUUGUUGUCACAUGGGUUUGCAGGAACGAUUACUGGGACCCGACCAUCGAAGAUGCAUAUGUGAAAAAAUGUGUUAUCGACAACGAAGAAGCCAUUUUGUCAGUUCUCGAUACAGCGGGACAGGAAGAAUAUGCGGCGAUGAGGGAGCAAUACAUGCGGCCCGGAGAGGGAUUCUUGCUUGUGUAUUCCAUUACUGACCGGAGCUCGUUCGAAGAGCUCGAAGUGUUCUAUGAACAAAUCCUCCGCGUCAAAGACCGCGACUACUUCCCCAUGAUUGUCGUUGGUACAAAGUGCGACGCCGAAUUUGACAGACAAGUCCCUUCCAGCGAGGGAAGAGCCCUCGCUGCACGCUUGCGAGGUCGUCAUAUCGAGACCUCUGCAAAGGAGCGAAUCAAUGUCGAUGCUGCAUUCAUCGAACUCGUCAAGUUGAUCAAGAGUUAUCAAAAGGAGCAAUAUCAAGCACGUCUUCCCGGCAGACAAUCGAUGAUGCCGGAUCGCCAGCAACUCGCUCAGGACGACUAUCAUGGAAAGAAGCGUGGAUGCGGCUGCAUCGCACAGUUUUUGCGAGAGUACAAGCUCGUCGUCGUCGGUGGUGGUGUCGACCGCGCCGCUCACGCUGUUCCAAAAGGUGUCGGCAAGUCUGCGCUGACAAUCCAGUUCAUUCAAUCCCACUUUGUUGACGAAUAUGAUCCUACCAUCGAAGACUCGUAUCGCAAGCAGUGCGUGAUCGACGAUGAAGUGGCUCUCUUGGACGUCUUGGACACGGCAGGACAGGAGGAAUACGGAGCCAUGAGAGAGCAAUACAUGCGCACCGGCGAGGGCUUCCUCUUGGUCUACUCGAUCACAUCCCGCAACUCAUUUGAAGAAAUCUCGACUUUCCACCAGCAGAUUCUCCGAGUCAAGGACAAGGACACCUUCCCCGUUGUCAUUGUCGCCAACAAGUGCGACCUCGAAUUUGAGAGGCAGGUCGGCCAAAACGAGGGCCGCGAUUUGGCCAAGCACUACAACUGCAAAUUUAUUGAGACCUCGGCCAAGCAACGCAUCAACGUUGACGAGGCAUUCAGUGCUUUGGUGCGGGAAAUCCGUCGCUUCAGCAAGGAGCAAUAUCAGGCGCGCUCCAACACUGCUCCUGGUGGCGGAAUCGGUGGUGGUGCUCCGACGUACGACCGUGCAGAUGCAGGCCAUUCGGGAGGCUGCUGUGGCGGAUGUGUGGUACUGUAA